GAAUACACUCUGAAGUUCAGCGAAUUAUAAAAUUGAAAACUUGAGCUGUCACACUCCUGAUUAAAUUCAUUUGAAAAUUCUACCCGCGUUGGCAUGUAUUAUGCUUUUUCGUUGUCACAAAUAAAAACGAAAUUAUAAUCCAGUAAUUAAAACCUGCUUUGAAAGACUUGUUUGUGAACUUUUCUGUGAUAAAUUUGUGUUCGUCAAACCCGGUAGAGGCGCAUUAAAAACUUUUCUCAUUCAAUAAUUCGGCGAGGAUGUCAAAGGAUCGCAGCUCGAGGCGGUUCUAUCGUGCGGAGUCCACUCAUGAUCUGUCGUCAUUCAUGGACCGCGGCCGCGCCGCCAGCGACGAGAACAGAUGGACCUUCGAGUGCGCCUGGGAAGUCGCCAACAAAGUUGGCGGUAUUUAUACGGUAAUAAGAUCGAAAGCAUUCGUCUCCACUGAAGAAAUGGGAGACAACUAUUGCUUGCUUGGUCCGUAUAAGGAGCAAUGCGCGCGAACUGAAGUCGAAGAGGGAGAGUUCCCCUCCGACUCCCCCCUGUUGACAGCCGUUAACGCCAUGAGGAGUAAAGGUUACAAGUUACACACGGGCACUUGGCUGGUAGAUGGGAACCCUCAAAUAGUUCUUUUCGACAUCGGGUCUGGGGCGUGGCAGUUGGAUGCUUACAAGCAGGAGCUAUGGGACACUUGCUCCGUCGGCAUCCCGCAUCUCGACGUGGAGGCCAACGACGCCGUGAUCCUAGGGUUCAUGGUCGCGCAGUUCAUAAGCGAGUUCCGCGAGGCGGUGGAGGGGCGCGGUGGGGUGCCGGCUCGCGUGGUGGCGCAGUUCCACGAGUGGCAGGCGGGAAUCGGGCUCAUCGUUCUAAGGGUACGCCAUGUUGACGUGGCGACCGUAUUCACGACUCACGCGACGCUCCUCGGCAGAUACCUCUGCGCUGGCAACACAGACUUCUACAAUAACCUGGAUAAGUUCUCUGUGGACGAGGAGGCGGGAAAGAGACAGAUAUACCACCGCUACUGCAUGGAGCGGGCCGCCUCGCACAUGGCACACAUCUUCACCACCGUCUCCGACAUCACGGGAUACGAAGCCGAGUACUUGCUCAAACGGAAGCCGGACAUCAUCACCCCGAACGGUUUGAACGUGAAGAAAUUCUCGGCGCUGCACGAGUUCCAGAACCUGCACGCCCUCGCCAAGGACAAGAUACACGAAUUCGUUAGGGGACAUUUUUACGGCCAUUUCAAUUUCGAUCUGGACAAAACGUUGUAUUUCUUCAUCGCCGGACGAUACGAGUUCGGGAACAAGGGAGCCGACAUAUUCAUUGAGGCGCUGGCGAGACUCAACCAUUAUUUGAAGUCGUCGGGCUCCGAGGUGACGGUGGUGGCGUUCCUGAUCUUCCCGGCGAAGACGAACAACUUCAACGUGGAGUCCCUCCGCGGGCACGCGCUCACCAAGUCCCUGCGCGACACCAUCCAGCACGUGCAGCAGCGCGUCGGCGCCAGGAUGUACGACGUGUGCCUUCGGGGCCACGUGCCGGAGCCCACCGAGCUGCUGCUGAAGGAAGACACGGUGCGCCUCAAACGCUGCAUUUACGCGCUGCAGCGGGACGGCCUGCCCCCCGUCACCACGCACAACGUCGUGGACGACUGGAGUGAUCCUGUGCUGAACUCCAUAAGAAGAUGCGAGCUGUUCAACACUGUCAAUGACAGUGUCAAGGUGAUAUUCCACCCGGAGUUCCUGACGUCCACGAACCCCCUGUUCGGUCUGGAGUACGAGGAGUUCGUGCGCGGCUGCCACCUCGGCGUGUUCCCCUCGUACUACGAGCCCUGGGGCUACACGCCGGCCGAGUGCACCGUCAUGGGCAUACCUAGCAUCACGACCAACCUGUCCGGGUUCGGUUGCUUCAUGCAGGAGCACAUCGCGGACCCCAUGUCCUACGGGAUCUAUGUGGUGGACCGGCGGUACAUCUCGCUGGAGGGCUCCGUGCAGCAGCUCGCGCAGUACAUGUACGACUUCACCAAAAUGUCUCGCCGUCAGCGCAUCAUACAGAGAAACCGAACUGAGAGACUGUCGGAUCUACUGGACUGGAGAAACCUUGGAAUUUACUACCGCCAGGCCCGCGCACGCGCCCUGCGCACCGUGUACCCGGAGUACGUGGACCACGCGGACGUGCAGCUGGAGCGCGCCUUCACCUACCCGCGCCCGCUGUCCGAGCCGCCCAGCCCCGCGCACUCCAGAGCCACGACUCCGGCCGCCUCGGUCCAUGGCUCCGACAGCGAGGAGGACGAGGUGGACGACGAGAAGGAGCUGGCUGAGUUGAGGAUCAGCCACGACUGAUCAGAGCCUCCGUAAUCAGAGCCAUAACGUCGGUGGCGGCGCUGCGGGGACUGCCUCUAGUCCAGCUAACAGGGUAGGCUAUCAGUUCUCAUGACGCGACCAGCUGGAGCAUCAAAGGUUCUUCGAACGUGGUGUCUGUGCUGAUGUCCACGGGCGCAGGGUAGGUAAGGUCACUCGCGGUAUUACCCCAUCCAGAACCCAGGUCGCAUCUUUCAAAUAUCAGAUACAAUAAAUGCAAUAAAGAACCUAAUUCCUUAAAGUUAUUUAAAAAUCAAAUUUCUAUUUUAAAUUCGCGCACAUCUCGUUCGUUCUAUUUUCGAAAUUUGAAUCCGUCGUCAUGGCUCUGAUUGGUAGACGAGAGCACGGGUACAGUCCGCGUCCGGUGAGACGGAGCUAGUCCCGGCUAGCGCUGUCUCUGUCACACGACUCGACCGACGAACAAGAGCUUUGGGCGUGGACUGUACCGUACAGCACUCGUGUCUCUAUAUUUUGGUUGUUAUAUAAGAAGGAGUUAAAGGAAGUCUCUCUGCGGAAGCUCCCUACGACCGAAGUGGCUUUAACCUUUUUUAAUAGUUUAGCUUAUUUUCACACAUUUUGCAAUAAAAAGCUAAGUUUUUGAAAAAAAAAACACAAAAAUCGAUGCUAAAUUUACAGCGAAAUAUAUUUUAAUGGUUAUUUAUAAAUGUUUUUGAUUUAGUACAGGUCGAUAUCUAACACUCAAAAUCAUUGACGCUUCACACUUUAUACGCAUUAAUAAGUACAUAUAUCGACGGUUCGCGCUCUAAGGAUUAAGAUGGCGCUGUAAGAAUGUAAAAAUUUCUAAAUUUGUAUAUGACAUUUUUCAUUCAUUAGAUUUCGAAUGACCAAUUCGAACGAAGCCUUACUAUCAUUGUAAUGAGCGUCAUUUUAUAGGUCUUAUUGAAAUAAUGGCUUAGAUAAUUUAAGUUGCGUACGAGAGACUCCUUGACUCUGCUUCUGUUCGUACGAGCGUCGGUUAAUUGCAGAAGACGCCGCCAGGACACGAAACUAUUAUCCUUGUUUUUUUUUUUAAAAUCAUAGACAAACAAGAUGUAUGUGUUUUAGGCUGUAUACAGAUCGUUCCCUGUGCCGAUAUACUAGUAAUUUGAAUUAAAAAAAACAAUAUAAGUUUCCUGAUUAUUGUUGUUUCGAAUAAACCGUCACGGUCGCGCGAGGGCGUUGACCCCGCGCGUCAGUUCAUUACUAAUUGUGAUACAUUGCGUGUAUUUAAAACGCAUCGAUGGAAAGGAACUUGCAAGUAAUCGACACUCGUACAGUUAUUUAUAUACAUAUUAUGUAAUCAGGUUUAGUGUAAGUUAAUUUUUUUAAUUAAAUUUUUAUACAAUAUAUAAGAAUUCCUUUUUUAUCAUUACGUGUUAAUAAAAUGAGACGUGCCAUUAAAUAAAUAUAUUUAUCGAAUUGAGAGACUCUUCAUUUUAUGAAGUCGGUUAAAAAAAAUGGACGUCAUGUGACGUCAUGUACACUAUUUAUACGGAAUUGUAUUCACGUGUCAUGAACUAUAUACAUAUAUAUAAUAUAUAUGUGCUUUUAUAUAUGAGACCGUCAGCGCAAAAGUGGCCCAAGCUUACCAUAGUUAGUAGGCAAAAAAAAUACGCGCUAAAAUGAUGUUUACAAAGGCAUGUGUUAUCUAUGGAUGAAACUUGGGACAGGAAAAUUUAUUAUGUUUUAAAUAAAUUGCAAUACAUAAGCACGAAUAUGAAUUGUGGGCUCAUGGUAUUCAUAUUUAAAUAUAUGCUCAAUUUAUGAUCAACGUUCUUACUAAUUUAUAGUAAGAUGAUUUCGAUAAGUUUAUAAUUCUAGUUCGCUAUUAAAUUUUUUAUUAAAUUUCUAAAGGAUUUAUUAUCACGCGAUGUAUGGACAUAGUUGAAGCACAAAUGAAAUAAAAUAAUUUAUUUUAAAUUUAUUUGUAAGUAAUGAUUACACGUUGCGCAUUGUACUGGCGGACGCACGUUCGUCGGAGGCGAAUAAUGUGCAUCUGUUAUGAUGCGGACAAUGUGCUCGCCAUAAUAAAACCCCUGGUUUAUUCGUGUAAUACUGGUUGUUUUUACUGGGGGUAGGACCUCUUGUAAGUCCGCGCGGGUAGGUACCACCACCCCGCCUAUUUCUGCCGUGAAGCAGUAAUGCGUUACGGUUCGAACGGUGGGGCAGCCGUUGUAACUAUACUGAGACCUUAGAACUUAUAUCUCAAGGUGGGUGGCAACAUUUACGUUGUAGAUGUCUAUGGGCUCCCAAAAAAACUUGGAUACAAGAACAAAAUUUGCUCAUAAUUACUCAUUAAUGAUCUCUUCAAAUCAGAUAUUAAAGCGCGGUUUCCUUUACCUCGACUCAACCGAGGAAACGCCUUGAGGAAUCCCUGUUUUCACACUGUGCAAUUAGCGGUUAUUUCGACGCCGCUUGAAAACGUUUUAAAUAUUAAUUAUAAGUGAAAAUAAACUUAGUUUUAGAGGUGAUUAAAAAAAAAGUUAAACAAAAUCAUAUUCCUCGAGUGUGAGUUUAUUUAACCGAUUCCUCAACUCAACCGAGGAUUAAUUUCGAGUAAUGCAAUCGCGUGUUGAGUGGAAUCGGAGUUUGAGGUAAUGAGUCGUCUGGGCGUCUCAGAGUGCCAACACCUAUACAAGCACUGGAUUGCACACGUCUCAAGCUAGCAAUAGAUCAGUGCCAUACAGUUGGAUCUUAGCUGUAAAUAAAUAUUAAGUUUUUUAAUAAAAUGUUUUAUUUUCAUAUUUAA